UUUAACAACACUAAAUCAGGUGAUAGAAAAGAAAACACGCGGUGUUUUUGUUGUCAAAUUGAAAUCGUAUUCCAUUAUUAUUAAAUAAAGCCGCCCGCCUGCCGAACAACAAAAAUGUUUCGCCUCCAACAAGCUCAACCCGAUCCCGCUGAGGAACAGAAGCGUGUGUCCUCUGAAGUGCGAUUCAAUUUCAUUGUAUUCGGAACACUGUGUGCCGCUAUUCGCUUAGCUCCCAUAGUGUUGCAGCAAUGGAAUUCUGCCUAAAUUGUGACAAGUACAUCGAGAAAUGCAUUUAUUCUGAAAAACGCACAACCAGCUGAAAAAUAAAAUAUUAAAUUAUCAACAA